UCAUACGCCUGAACAAAAAACACCUACAUGAUGCUAGCUGGUUCUCCAAACACCAGGAGAAUAAGUGGUUAAAAAAAGUUUAUUCCGAAAAACUAAAUGCUGUGACAGCUCUAAAGGAAACAGAGGUGCCUUUGUGGUGUCGGCCCAAACGCUGCUGUGUGUUUGAACCUUCCACCCCGACUGCUGACGUUCUCAAUGAGGUACAGAGGAGCUCGGAUCUACGUCUGGGCUCGAGGCUCAUGCUGUCUGUCUCGGCCCCAUCUGGCGGCCCGAACCGCUCCGGUUCGACCCUACAGCUCUGAACCGCCGGCUCGACCUCCUCUACCUCCUCUACGCACUGACCCCUCCCCUCUUGUACAGAAAGGUACAGCUGAGGUGGUGAAGGAGCGCAGCCUGUCUGCCCUGCAGCAUGCAGGAGAGUUGGGGCGGCAGUGGAGCCAGAGGUCGGCGCAGACGGCCACCGCCUCUGUGAACUUCUGGUGGGGGAGAUACGAGGAGUUUGUGGGGCUGACCGAAGUCCGCGAGGCUCAAACCAAAGUCACAGAGGCUGAAGCAGCGUUCAUGGUGGCCAGAGGAAUCGUGCGUGAGGCUCACACCAGCCUGGAGGCGCUGCAGGGCCGCCUGAAGGAGGUCAGAGACCGGCUGGACCGCGUCUCCAGGGAGGAGGCUCACUACCUGGAGCUGGCCACCAUGGAGCACAAGCUGCUGCAGGAGGAACGUCGUCUCCGGACUGCGUAUGAGAACGCCGAGAGUUUGGAGAGGGAAAAGUUCGGCCUGUUUUCGGCGGCGGUGAGGGAGAGUCACGAAAAGGAGAGGACGAGAGCGGAGCGCACCAAGAACUGGUCCAUCAUCGGCUCUGUGCUCGGAGCCCUGAUCGGGGUCAUGGGGUCAACGUAUAUCAACCGCGUCCGCCUUCAGGAGUUGAAGAAUCUUCUUCUUGAGGCCCAGAAAGGUCCGGAGAGUCUGCAGGAGGCGUUGAAAGUCCAGGCUGGGAACCACCAAACCCAGCAGGACCAACUGGGCGAACUCAUCGACAGCCUCCGGGUCACUCUGGCUGACGCCUUCGCUCCGAGCAACAGCGCCCCCCAGGGGAAAGGAGGACCCACCACAGCCUCUCCUGCCGUUUCUCUUUCUGCCUCUAAAGACCUUCAGGUCCAGAACCAGAAGACGGAAUUGCUGCUGGCGUCGCUGGCGGCCCAACUGGGUCGGCUCCAGCUGGGCGUCAGUAAGGUGGAGGGCGAACUGCUGGCGGUGCGGAAACUUCUGGAAACCGAACCGCAGACCCAAACCCGAGCCGCUGGCCUUCAGAGAGCAGAAACACCGGAGACGGAGACGGUGGCGAGACGCCUGGAGGACAGCAGGAGGACGCUGGGGGAAGGAAUCAGGAUGAACACGGUUUACAACGCCGUGUUCAGCUACACCGCCGCCGCCGUUACCGUCUCUGCUGUGUACCUGCUGCUCCGGGGAACUGGUUGAACUGGACCUGGACUGGUUUAUGACGAGUCACAAUAAUAUCAGUUAAUUAUGAGCUUAAUGACAUCAGCUUCCUGGUGAACCGGAAGCAGAUGGUUACAUAAGUAUCUCCUGCUGAAACGUCAUGGUAACUGGAGCACUCAGACAUGCAGCUAUUUAUCAUGUCCAAUCACUGAUUACAAUAUUAAACCAUCAUAUCCACGUCUUCCAUCAAAUCAUAAAGGAAAAUCUUCAUAUUUCCAGGGAAAUAUCUAAUCUCAUUGUUUUGCUUUAUUCUAACUCCCUGAUGUAAUCUCUGAUCCAGAUCAAGCUGCAGGCGGCCACUAGGGGGCAGGCUUCUGUCUCAAUCAGCUACUUCCUCUUAUUACGUGGCUGAUCAUCUUCUCUCCAAAAAGCAGUUAAAUUAACUUUAAUAACAAGUUUGACUUUUAACCUCCCGAAUAUUUCUGACUACAAACUAAUUUAUUUUGUUUGGAUGAAGCAAUCUGGAAAUCAUUGAUUUUAGGAUUUUUCUAAAGAAUAACGACACGACUGACUGGUAUAUUCCCAGUUAAUCCAGUACCAGAAGGAAUAACUAACUUCACAUUAGCUCCAGUGGACCAGGGCAGCAGAGACAGCUUUAAUUCAAAUGAAUGUAUUCAAAACCAUUUUUUGGCUCUGUAGAUUUUCUGGAGGCUGUUUGCUGCAGAACCUCUCAGGUCCUGAAGUACUUGAACAUGUGAAAUGUUUCUGACAUCAUGAACUGGUUUCGCCUGUAUAUUAAAAGGUUGAAUGGGAACUGA